CUCUCCCACUUUACUCAUUGAAAGAGAAACACAACACAACAUGGUGAGAGAAAAGAGAUCAUAGCCAUGGCAUUCAUUCAUCCAGAGUUUUCUUUCAGACAGACACACUUAAUACCCCUCAUUGAGCCUAGCUGUUUUCUAGGACCAUGAUGUUGAAACGCCCAUAAUUCUUUUGUCCCUAUUUAUUAUUCCCUUGGCCUCAAAACCAAUUUAACGUUGAACAAAGCCAGAGAUCAUGAAGAUCCAGUGUGAUGUGUGUCAAAAUGAAGUGGCUUCGUUGUUCUGUCCCGCAGAUGAAGCAUGUCUAUGCCAUGCUUGUGAUCGCACCAUCCACCAUGCCAACAAGCUCGCACACCAACACAAACGCUUCUCUCUUCACCAUUCCAACUCCAAAGACACCCCUCUUUGUGAUAUCUGUCAUGAGAGGCAUGCAUAUGUUUUCUGCAAAGAGGACAGAGCAAUACUUUGUAGAGAAUGUGACCUUUCUGUUCAUUUGGUCAACGAACACACCAAGAAGCACGACAGGUUUCUUCUCACUGGCGUAAAGAUCGGUGCAGCUUCUUCAGAACCGACAUCGUUUCCCUCGAAUGUGACUGCCACUGGAGAAAGAACAACCUCUUGUUCUAAUAUGAACGCACCAAGUUCAUGCUCAAAUGGAAAAAUCGGUUCUUCUCGCAUGGUUGGAGACAACUUGGCUUGUGACACGGGUUCGGUUUCAACAAGCAGCAUUUCUGAGUACUUGAUUGAGACCAUUCCCGGUUAUUGCAUGGAAGAUCUUCUAGAUGCUUCAUUUGCAUCUAAUGCUUUCUCUAAGGAUUAUGAUCACCAAUCAGCGUUUGAGAGACAAGAUGUUCAAGCAGGCAUGUGUUCGUUCCCACUGCAAACGUGGGCACCACAAUCCCAACUCAGCACUCAUUCGAAUCUUCAUCCAAGAAUUGAUUCUUUAGUUGGAGCUAUGGAAAUGCCUAAAGCCAAAGCCAGUGAAGGAUACUCCAAUUGGGUAUAUAACAAUGACUACGCUGUCUACAAAGUUCCUUCAAUCAGUCCUCAAUUGAUAAAAAAAUGCAGACGCUCUCGUUAAUCAAUUCUAUGUGAAAAAUUGUUUUUCGGAAAAUAUCCCCCGUUUUGUUUUCUGUUUUUUUUUUCUUCAAAAAACAAAAUUAGUGUUAAUAUUCGUUCUUUGUAGUUUUUUUUUUCUCGUACGAGCCUUCAUUUUUUUUUCUCUUUCCAUGUUGGCACGAAUUGCCCCACAGAUCUAACGCUCUUCUUUCGUAAUAUUCACUUCAGCUAACACCUUGAGGCAUUUCUAUGAGAAAAAGUUCUUUAUAUCAAAAAGGCCAUUCGUACGUACAGUGUACAUGACUGCAACCCACAGUUGAGAGUAAAUGCUCAUAAGCAACCAGCAGUUGUGUAUAGUUUGAAAAGGCCCAUAUACAUGAUUUUUUUUUUUUUUUCGUCCCUGGA